AUAAUACCCUAUCGCAGGAACAGCAGGUUCACUGGCCGCGAAGAUCUCAUUGAGUCGAUAAAGAGGAUAUCUAGGCACAACAAUCACACGCGGAUCGCACUUCAUGGACUCGGUGGUUCUGGGUAUGUAAUCAGUACUGUCACUAUUAUUUCGGGGAUUAUUAACAUUGCUUAGGAAAACUCAGAUUGCCCUGGAAUAUGUCUAUAAGUGCGCAAGCGAGAUGGAUUGCCAUGUUUUCUGGGUGUCGGGGAGUGGGGCAUUGAAAUUCAUUGAGGGUUUUAGAGCCAUCGCACAGUGUGUUCGAAUUCCAGUAGCUAGCGCCGAGAUGGACCAAGAGGAAUUACUAGCUAGUUUAAAGAGGUGGUUUGAGGGUCCAGACAGUGGCGAUUGGAUACUAGUUAUCGACAAUGCCGACAACGAGGAGGACUUUAUUGGAAACAGUGGUGCCAUCUCCAAACUUGUACCACAAGGCCAAAGGGGUACUCUCAUAUUCACCACCAGAUCACUCCGGGUUGCAUCUUGGCAGGAUUGCGAAAGGAUUGAUGUCGGAAAAAUGGGGGAGGAUGAAGCGACGGCAUUGUUUUCGAAACUCUACGGUAACAGGAAUAGUUCGAAAGAGGAAGAGAAUGAGGCCAUCGCAUUAAUCUUAGGCUCUCUACACCACAUACCUCUAGCUAUCGUAGGAGCGGCCGCCUUCAUGACGGAAACCCAGACACCGCCAUCCGCAUACUGGGCCAUUUUCCAGGAAAGCGACGAACAAGCAAGGAGACUCCUUUUACAGCCAUUUUGUGACAUACAACGCGAGGCGGAUAUGACCGAAAGCAUCCUAGCCACGUACUUUAUCACAUUUGACCGAAUCUCACGGCAGAUGCCCCUGGCGGCGGAACUUUUGCGUUUAAUUGCCUUCUUCGAUCGUCAGAGCAUACCCGAAGAGCUAUUGAAUGAGAGUGGUUUGGAAGGAACGGAUGAUCCAAUCGAGUUUCGUCAGGCCAUUGGAAAACUGUUGGGAUUUUCGCUAGUUACAUCUGUCAAAACUCAGGACAAGACCCUUUACGAGCUUCACGGUUUGGUCCAGCUGUCUUUACAGGCAUAUCUACCAACAGAGGAGUUGAAUCGAUGGCGGGCCAAUGCGCUCGGAGUUGUUUCAAGGCUCUUUCCCCAGAAUUGGGACUCGUGGGGAGACGUUAGUUCCUCAUACAUUCCACAUGCACUCACUGUAACCAAGCAUUCAACCGAUCCCAUUGCCGAAGAGCUUU